GAGCAGCUCGCCUUUCCGCCUGCCCACGAUCUCCACCAGCGUUAGAACUCCCCAUAGACAUUUCCGCUCAGCGCACUUAUUGGUGACUGUUCACGAUAUACGCUGGACCUCUCAUAAGAAGAACCAGUUCAGUCCUUACCUUUUCGAUCAAUCGGCUCAGUAUGGCAGUGCCGGCUCUGCUCACCUUUCCGGACACGGUCGACUGGGCAAAGACGGUGGAACCGUACAUCCCUCAACUCUACGAGCUACCCUCCAAGCUUCUGGAUGCCUUGCAGUCUCGACAGAGUAUUAGCGACCUCUAUCUACAAACAAAUCCACUUAUUUCCGGCCUCGGCAUAUCCAUCGUGCUUGGGGCCAUCUUCCUGGUUGUCGCCGAAGUCAACAAGAAUUACUCCCAGGUCGACCGGUGCUGGAGCAUCCUGCCGACUUUCUACAUCGCCCACUUCGAUCUUUGGGCUCGGCUGUCUGGAAUUGACAGUCAGAGGAUAGAUGCUAUUCUUUUAUUUAGCACCUUGUGGAGUAUCCGCCUGACUUUCAACUAUUGGCGCAAAGGAGGCUAUCAGAUUGGUUCAGAGGACUAUAGAUGGGAGAUCAUCCAGAGCAAGGUCCCAUGGUGGGCCUUCACGCUGCUGAACAUAACUUUCAUUUCCUUCAUCCAAAGCGUACUACUAUUCUCACUGGCAGCACCUACGUACCCGAUCUUGUUGAGCAUCCAGUUCCAGCCCGGUCUAACGGCGACCGACAUUGCCUUUUUGAUCUUCCAAGUCGGGCUCAUCACAACCGAGUGGUUCGCAGAUCAGCAACAAUGGGAUUUCCAGAAUGCCAAGAGGGAGUACCAGGCGACCGGCAAGGUGGCACCGGGCUUCGCGGAGCAAGACCUGCAGCGAGGCUUCAUCACCUCUGGCCUCUGGGCGUGGAGCAGGCACCCCAACUUUGCGGUUGAGCAGAGUGUCUGGCUCACCCUGGGGGUCUGGAGCAUUGUCACGGCCGAGGUGCAAUAUGCUUGGACUUUGGUCCCCGGAUUCAGCCUUGUCCUACUCUUCCAGGGGUCAACCUGGCUCACCGAGCUCAUCACAGCUGGGAAAUAUUCCGAGUAUAAAGAAUACCAGAAGCAGGUUGGCAUGUUUGCGCCCAAUCUUCUUGGAUUUGGCCCCUACAGGCCGCCCCAAUCUCAGACAGAGGCUUUGAAGGAGAAGAAGCAGAAAUAGAUGCGCGCUUAAGGAUGCGGUAUCAUUCUCGACGACAGGAUAUAAAUGUCGACAGUCUGAGUCGACGAGGACAAGAAUGGAGAUGUUGGCAGCAACAGCACAGGUGAUGGUAAUCAGAUGAGGUCGAUGGAUUGGAUCCCUCUUGCUCCUUUGAUGCAGAUGGCAUGUACAUGUCCCAAAAGACACAAGACAUCCCAUCAGCUUUCCUAGGAGUGCAAACCCGAGCUAGAGAACGGCUUACACGUUUCAAUCUUGGAACUAAGUCGUUGCAUGCAGUUUAAGGCGCGGUGCUGGUAUGACUUGACACAGGAUAGUUGAAAUGCUGUCUCGCAUCAUGACUUCCUGCAGUAAUUAUGUGUCUUGGAUAGCCCACAUCAUGCAGAUAUUCGCCCCCAGUGUAUGCUAUGCCCUGCAGGGCGCAGACCC